AUGCGAGAUUCGGCUAAUAGGAUGGCCGAACUCGAAUUUGAGGCGCCGCUUGCCCAAAUCGAAGAUGCGGACGAUUGUCUAUCAACAGCAGACUUUCAAAAGACCAUAAACGGCAACGAUAUCCGGCUGAACAAUAUCAAGAAUCUUAAAAGUGAAAUAGUCAAAAUGAAAACUGACUCCAACAAAAUAAACGAUAAUGACGAACCGAAACCGGUGAAGUGUAAACAGGAUACUAUGCAAAACGGUGAGGGGGAUAAUUUCACGGAGACUUUCUCCGGCUCACUGGAGGAUCUGGUGAAUACGUUCGAUGAGAAAAUCACCAAGUGCUUCGGCAACUACGAAGAAAGCGUGGAAAAGCUUGCGCCGGUGCAGGUUCGAUCUCAGGAGGAAAUAAUGAACGAGUGCCAGAUGUGGUGGACAAUCACGGGAAACUUCGGAAACAUCCUACCAAUAGACUGGACUAAAUCGUUUUCACGAAAAAUGCACAUUCCCACUCUAAAUCUGAGCGAUAAGAAGAGUGCCAUGACCCCAGACGAUGAGAUCCAUAGCUCAGAAGAUGAAGCUGUAGCGUCAGACCUGGACAUGCACGCGCUUAUUCUGGGUGGUUUGCAUCAAGACCACGAGUGUCCCGUUAAAACAGCUGACGAGGUGAUUCAGGAAAUUGAUGACAUGAUGCAAGAGACGCCAUCGUCUGAAGGAGAUAACAUCAUAGAGUACAACGAAGCUUUGGAGAAGGGAAAGGAAGUCCUCAACUCGCCCCUAUAUGAAGACAAGCUUCGUCACCUGUCCCUCGCGCAGCUGAACGAAAUUUUUAUGGAGCUAGAAGUGCUGAUCCGCGAAUUCUCCGAAACCCUGAUCGCUGAGCUGGCGCACCGCGACGAGCUCGAAUACGAGAAGGAAUUGAAGAACACGUUCAUAUCACUGCUCCUGGCUGUCCAGAACAAGCGGCGGCAGUUCCACAUUGAGAAGAAGAAGCGAAAUGGUUCGCAACGCUCGCCGGCUCUUGGACUUAACAGUUCUGAACCUAAAUAUCUGACAACGGUGAUACCUUUUCAUCUUCACAACGGACCUCCAGACAAUCAGUCUCUUCAAGUCCUAAUUAAAAUUCUGAAGGCGAUAAACGAAGAUAGCCCAACUGUACCGACUCUCCUCACUGACUACAUACUCAAAGUUCUGUGCCCGACAUAA